CACGCCCUCCCGUGCAACAAACCUUCCCAACGAAAACCGAAAAACCUCUCCCAGCAAAGCCCACCCUAACCAGAACCAUGGCUCAAGCUGCAAAGCGGAUCACUCGAGAGUAUACCGAGAUCGAGGCGAACCCUCCUCAGGGUAUCACAAUCCAGCCUAUUGAUGAGGAUAUGUUCAAGUGGAAUAUUGAGAUUACAGGUCCUAAAGAGUCCAUUUAUGCUGGUGGGACUUUCAAGCUUCUCCUCACACUUCCGACAAACUACCCAUUCAAACCUCCGGUUUUGUCCUUCCAGACAAAGAUCUAUCACCCGAACGUUACCAACGAUGACAAAGGGAGCAUGUGCCUUGGUAUAUUGAGGAGCGAUCAGUGGAAGCCUAGCUGCAAGAUCUUGGCAGUCCUAGAGAUGGCUCGCGGGCUGCUCAUGGAACCGAAUCCGGAUGAUGCCGUUGAAACCUCUAUCGCCGAGCAAUACAAGAACGACAAGGCUGCGUUCGAGAAGACGGCCAAGGCUUGGGUCAAGCAAUACGCAAAGUAGAUGAUUGUGCAUGCCAAAAUGGGAUAAACCAAUAAACUAUUCCUUUUUCUUUUUCUUUUUCUUUCUCCCUUUCUGCUUUCCCUCUUCUUACAUGUCAAUCAUGGAAACCAGCGUUCAGAACUCAGGAACAACUAUGGAAGUGUUGAGGAUGUCAGGGGGUUGAACAGGCAUAGGGCGUUUUGGCUGUCUUCUUCCUCCCCUCUUCAACUCUUUAGUUGUGCUGGUCUUCUCCCUUUUUGCUUUAUUAUCGUGUUUACUCGAUUAUCUGCUCGCAUACAAUAGCAACAUGUGUCUCCGCAA